AUGAAACGAAUUAACAGUGACCCCGAAACCAACUCCCUUCUCUGCUCCAAGCCCGGUGGCAGCUACUGCGCCUCCGGCUCCCUUGAAGGCCCGACCAUCAUCACUUGUGCAUCUCAGCACACUGUGGAAAUCAGCUCGUGCAACAUCUUUUUGAAGGACCUCCUGCCCGAAGGCUAUGAGGAGAAAGCUACCUGUUAUGAAAACACUCCCUGGGCUGGCGAAGCUCUCUGCGCCUUCAACGGAACCGGCUAUGCCCUCAUUAAGAAGUCCAGAGAUGUUGUUCCUGUCUCUGUGCCGGAGACUAUCCUCUGCGGUGACGAAGACGAAAAUGACCCCCAGACUUGGGACGAUUCCAAUGAUGAAGAGGAUGCUUUCGUUUCGUAUGUCGAUGAUGAAGACGACGACGCAGAGGAUAUUUUCGACCCAUAUGUCGAAGAUGAAGGCGAUGAUGCAGAGGAUACUUUCAUCCCGUAUGUCGAUGAUGAAGACAAUGAUGAAGACGAUGAGCAGGAAGGAGAAGGCCGUCUUCUCUUCGCUCCAAAGGAAGAUACAUCCGCGGGUCCUACGCUCCCCUAUCCUCCUCUUCUGCCGGCUACUCAUCCGCGAAAGACUGCGUCUACAUCUGGACCUUCGUCAACACUGAAUACGCUGAGUACGCUGUUGAGUAUGACCUCUAGCCCUUCAUCUGCGACUGAAACUGCAGCCUUGCAGGAAGUGAAAAGAAACAUACGUGAACGUGCGUGCUCUGAUCCGUGGAAAAUACCCUUGUCCUCCUUUUCCAUCCAGGAUAUGGGCUUCUCUACUAUCUCUUCUACUUCCACUAUGGACAGUACUACCGCUGGUGGUGGUCACCGUCAGCCUCUAUCAACUUUCACCUCGACUAUCUAUGCGAGUCGGAGUGCAGGAGUUGCAGCAAAUACCGUCACUGUCACCACUACUGAAAGUGGCACUCCAACAUCUGCGGGUGUGUGGGACGAUGACCCUGAGAAAGAAACUACCCCGGUCAAGACAAGUGACGCCAACCAUACUUCUGAGAGCGGUUCGGAAAUGCGUGCGCUGGAGGAUCGAAUCAUUUUCCAGGAUUUAGCUAUUCUUUGGGUCUUAUGGGUGGUCCUGGCGUACAUUUUGGGUUGA